CGUCAUAUUAAUUAUCGCAUAGAGCCACGGCUUCGACAUUUUGCAUUCCGAUAACCCUCGAUCUCGCUCUCCCACUAUAUCCCCUCCCCCACCAUCCGCGACCCUUAUUCUCCUCACGAAGAAAAUGGCAAAUGCAGCAUCGGGUAUGGCUGUCCAUGAUGACUGCAAGUUAAAGUUUCUGGAGCUCAAGGCGAAAAGGACAUAUCGGUUUAUAGUUUACAAGAUUGAGGAGAAGCAGAAGCAAGUUGUUGUGGAGAAGCUUGGUGAGCCAGCAAAUGGUUAUGAAGAUUUCGCUGCCAGUCUUCCUGCUGAUGAGUGUCGAUAUGCUGUUUAUGAUUUUGAUUUUGUCACGGAAGAGAAUUGUCAGAAAAGCAGAAUUUUCUUCAUUGCUUGGUGCCCUGAUACAUCAAGGGUUAGGAGCAAGAUGAUUUAUGCAAGCUCCAAAGACAGAUUCAAGAGGGAGCUCGAUGGAAUCCAAAUAGAGUUGCAAGCAACUGAUCCUACUGAGAUGGGUCUUGAUGUGUUCAAAAGCCGUGCGAACUAAAUGAUUAUGAAUAUAAGGAGUUUGGUGGGUAGCGCCCUUCAACCUUAGUUACUCAUAUGAAAAUGUUUAUAGUUUGUGGGAUGGUCAACUUGGUUAAUUACGGUCUCAGUGUUCCAAGUUUUGACAUGGAGCCUAUUGAACCUCCAACAAGCUUCUCUUGUUCCAGUGUAUCUUGUGGUUUGUGAUUUAUACAACCUGUGUUUGAGUGGCAUUUUAGUCCUAUGAAUUCGUGUUAUCAGACAUAAACUUGGGUUCAGUUAUUUCUUAAAUAUUGACACUAGUCAUUUUACUAACACCUUUUAC